AGGCAGCCGCCAAAGUCGGAGGCGAAGAAGAGGCGCCGCCGCCGCCGCCGCCGCUUCCACCCGUCAGCCGCCUCCCUCUCGCCGCCUCCCGGGGCCGCGCCAUGGACUCCAUCCCGGGCGAAGACCCCACUUUACCCCUGGGGAUCAACAGCGGCCUCAAUUUUUCCCGGCUUCCAGAUGUCUCGGGAGACGAGGUUCGCAAUCAAGCGGGAGGCGGUGGAGCGUUACCUGAGGUGGCCGAAGAGACCGUUUCACCAAGCAGGGCGCGAACCAUGAAGGAUUUUGAAAAUCAAAUCACGGAGCUGCGGAAAGAGAAUUUCAACUUGAAACUUCGCAUCUAUUUCCUGGAGGACCGGAUUCAGCAGAAGUUUGAUGGUCCCCAUGAUGACGUCUACCGGAUCAACAUUGAGCUCAAAGUCGAAUUGGAGAGCGUGAAACGAGAACUUCAGCAACGAGAGCAGUUGCUCCGGAAAGCAUCGAAAGCCGUUGAGAGCUUGGCCCAGGGUGGCGAUGCCGAAAUCCAACGUCUGAAGGAAAAUGCCGAGAAAAAAGUCCAGGAAGUAGAAGCGAGCUUGACUAGCAGAAUCCGGCUUCUAGAGGAGGACCUUCGAACGGCCCAGAAAGAAGUAGAGAAAGCGUUUGCUUUGACGGAGCGCGAAAGAGCCCAGCGACUGGCAGUGGAACAACAGCUCUCCUUGAUCAUUACUGCUCAGGCUAAAGAUACUGAUGUCACAGCCCUGCUGGGAGAAAAAGACAGGUGCAUAGAGCAGCUGAGGCUCUCUCUGGAAAGGAAAAAUGCUGAAAUCCAGCUCUUGGAGGAAGGAGAGAGAAGAUCUUCAGAAGAAAGCCAAGAUCCUGGUGCUGCAUUGAAUGAUGAAAAAGAGAAGACCUUAGAGAUUCUCAGGACAGAAUUCAGCAGUGAAAAAAAAGAUCUUGAAAAAAGGAUCGAGGAUCUCCAGGAGAACCUGCGUGAACGGGAAACGGAGCUUUCCGCCGAAAAGAAAAACGCCUUGAAACGAGACAAGACCAUCCAGGGUUUAACCCUUGUUUUAAAAACCAAGGAAAACGAGAAUGGCGACCUUGCUUCUGAAAUAGAAAGCCUGAAAGCAUCGUUGGCCAAAUCUGGAGAGAUCGGUUCCCAAGCUCAGACACAGACGUUCGAGGAUGGCGAAGGUUCUCAGGAGCUACUGAAGGAGAAAGAGAGCCUGCUGGCAGAUUUGCGCUCGCAAAAUCUGACCAAGGACACCGAGAACCGGAAGCUCCAACGGAAGCUGAAGAGGGUCGAACAGGAGCUGAGCGAGCUGCUCCUGGAGAAGGAGAAGCUGGCGAGAGACUUGGAAGAAGCGCGGCAGCACAAAAACCAGAGCGACAAAACCAUCCACGACCUUCGAAACCAGUUGGAAAAAACUCAGAGCGAGUUGGCGGAGAAGGAAAAAGCGAUCGAGUUGCAUUACCAGGUGCUCUUGAGCGAAGAGGAUCAAAGGUUGCAGAACCAAGAGCUGGUCAUCGCGCGCCUGACGGAUAACGUUGUUCAGAAAGAUGAGCUGCUCCAGACUCUUGAUGGGGUCAUUAGAGAAAAAGAUUUGAGGCUGCAGGAAUGGUCGGCUAAGUUUCAAAACCUGGAGAAAAACAAAGAGAGCCUUGAGAGGCAGAACGAAGCCUUGAUCGAAGAGAAAUGCGCAGCCCAAUCCGAGCAGCUCGUGACCAAAAUGAUGCACGAAUUAGAGAGAAUCAAGGAAUCCGAAUACUCCGAAAUGCUCGAAAUGCUUCGAAAAGAGCACACCAUUUUUGCGACUCUGAUCAAGUCUCUGAAAGAUGCCGAUGGCAUAAACAAUCUGCAGGAGGAGCUAAACACCAUCUUGGCCCUGCGGAAGCAACUCGAAGAAGGCAUCUUGGAGACCUGGAAUUUGCGGAGAACGUUGGAAGAGCAAAUCCGGGAUAACCGGAAGGAAGAAGACACCCCUUUAUCUUGGAGCAAUCAGACGUCGUACAUGAGCAUUUGCUUACGGGACCAGGAUCAUCGCUGGGACUGUCCAGUAGAUCAACUCUCUCUGGAGGAGCUUAAAAAGAAGUUUGUCGAGCUCCUCGGCGUGGUGAAAGAAAUGCACUGGGUCAUCCAAGAAUUGAAAAAGAAGCCGUUGGACUUCUCCACAUCAGAUCCUUCGGGGAACGAGAAGCAGAAAUCCUUAGACACAAGCGAGCUUCUUGAACAGACGGAGGAAAGUCAGACUUUGCUGGAGGCUUCUGACGAAGAGGCGAGCGCGCCGAGUUGCGACCGUCGGGAAACACUGAGUGAGAUCAUUCCUUUGGAUUCUUUGGAUCAACCCUACAAGACUCGGAACCCAGCGGAGUUUGAACCCGAGCCGGUCGCCAGCAAAUACUUUGAAGAGAGCCCAGCGGCCAAGAUUUGUGAUACUCUGGAAGACAAUCCUUCGCCCGUGUGCUUCCUGAAGGCAAGUGGAGCGGCAGAAUUUGGAUCUCGAAGCAGUCAAGGACAGAGCAAAACUGCAAACGAGCCGUUAGAGCCUCAAAAGAUCGCUGAUCGAGACAGUUUAAGCGAUGAUCUGGAGGAUAAAGAGGCUGGGGAUCUUAAGCAGCUGAUUAUUCAGCUGAGAGCUGAACUCGAACAGCUUAUGCAAGCCAACAACUCCCUGAAGCAACAAGGUGAGCCACAACCCACCCCUGGCCAAGAGGACGUCGAAAGCGCAGGCGAGUUGAACGUGGAGACCGAAUCGUCAAAAGUGGAAGUGAAGGACACGGCUACCCAAACGAUGACCGGGUCAUUGGGGGGCGCCGCGAGGCCGAAGCACGAAGGCAAAAGGACGACGGUCUCUAAAGAUGGAGCCGUCCCCCAAUCUUCUCGGUUUGACCAGGAUUGCCGGCAGAGGUACGUCUCGGCUAAGAACGAUCCGCAGAAGGCUGUCCUUCCAGUCGGCAAAGUAAACAAAAGCAACUCUUGCUACCAAUCCAAGAAAUCGCGCUUGCCUGUUUUGCUGAAGGCCUCCAGGUCCCUGGGGAGCAUCUCCCUAAUGACCCCACUGCCCAGACCAGACCUCCAGUCUUGUGUCUUCACCCUGGACCAAGGCCUGAAGGGAAGGCCGUUGAGAGAAGAGGCCCACCAAAGCGAGGCUGAGGGUCACGGGUCCCUCCGGAAAGACGUACGAGAAGAAGACAAAAAACCAGAAGCAUCGGCAGUCCAGCCAAAGGUCUUUGAAGCAGAUCCUAACCUGCCCAAUAUCCAAAGCGCUGGCCAAAGAAACCAGGAUCCGAGCAUCAGCGACGUGACCCAAAUAGAAACAGAGAGGGAGAGCCCCAAGUCCAAACAAUCUGCUUUGCCAGAGCUUCUCCCUCAGGAGAAGCAGUACGGGGACUUCGGGUCCGCGUUCUUGGGGGGCAUGAAGAGCCCUUCCCUUAAGCAGAGCGCUCUCAGCUUCGACGCGUUCGACUGCGAAGCCGUGAGUGACAUCGAAGACCUGAGACAAAGAAUCAGGGAUCUGAAAUCCGUGGUGGAAAAAUACCAGAUGCUGCUGAUCCAGUUCGAUCUGAUCGAACCGCGUCUUCCCAGCGACCCUCUGGAUCACGGUCCGAGCGACGGGGAGAGUCCCUCUCCUGCAGGGUUCAAGGAAAGCGAGCUGGAGUUGACCAGCUUCUCCAACGAAACACAGCCGAAAGAAGGAGUUGAGGGUUCUUCUGGAUCCGGUCCCUCAAACGACCGGACCGUCCAAAAGCUCAGAGAGUUGUUGUCGGAAAACGAAGCCGAGCUUGAGAAAGAGCAGAUGGCCAACAUGAAGCUGGUGGACGAAGUUCAUCGUCUGCAUGACAAGCUCAAAAGCGUGACUCCCCGGGACGAGCAAGAUUUCUCCGCCUGCCUGCCGCUUCACGAGGAGUCCCGCCAGUGCCAGAAAAUCCACGAGAGCCACAACAUUUGUGCCACUUACCGACAACACCUGUCCAACUUGAUCCGAGCUUUUGAAGAUCUCCUGCGGGACAGCGAGGUGGAUUACUAUGUCGCCGAGAGCUUUCGGGAGCAGCUCAACCAAAGCGCCCAGAUCUUCGAGAGGUUGGAGCACCAGUGCCUCUACGGAGAGUCAAUAGAGGACGAAAUGACCAAACUUUGCAAUCUUGCCCAGAGCUUGUCUGACUUUGAGAUAACCCAACACCUGCCUUCUUCAGAAGGGCCCAUGCACGGAAAAGAAGAAGCGGAGAGCGGAAAGGGGAAACCAACCGCCACCCCAACCAAGUUUCCACCAGAGCUUUUGAUGGAGCAUCUCCAGGAAAUACGCCUGCUGAGACACCGGCUAGAAGAUUCCAUAAAAACCAACGAACAUCUGAGGAAGCAGCUGGAGCAACAGGUCUCCGCUCCUGUCCCAGACCAAGACUUUGCCAAUCCUGGCAUCCGUGCGUCGGAGCAACUGAAUUCCCUGACGUCUGAAAUUCAUUUCCUGAGGAAGCAGAACCAGAUGUUGAACGACAUGCUGGCGAAAGGAUCCAGAGAAGGCCUUGAGACUCACCUUGUAGAGAAGCAGAAAGAAAACGAAGCGUUGCGAGAGUCCUUGACUCAGAAGCACCUGGCCGUUGAGGGUCUUCAGAAGGACCACGAGCUUCUCAAGAAGGAGAACGAGAAGCUGCAGGAGCAAGUGGGGAAAGGAGAAGUCGCAAACGAGGGUCUGACCCACGAAAUUUACAACGUCAGGAAUGAACUGAACAGGUUGCAGAUGGAGCUGGCCACCAAGCAGCACCAGCUGUCGGAGAGCGACAAAUUGUUGUGCUCGUUGCGAGUGGAGCUCAAGGUGUAUGAAAAGUUGGACGAAGCUCUCCAGAACGAGAAAGAUCGGCGCCAGAAUGGAGCAGAAGAAUGUCAGAAGGAUCAAAAUCAACCUCUUGAUUUGGGCGAACUCUUGACUGAAAUCCAGUUCUUGAGAAAGCAGCUGGAGCAGAGCAUCAAGUCCAACCAGAUGUUGCACGAAAAAGUAGAAGAGCAGCUGCGUCUAGGAAAGGGGGAGAAGGGCUGCUUGGGACCAGCUGUGCAGAUCAGCUACCUGUUUGGUCACGAGUCUCAACAACUUCCGACUGGGAUCAAAGAGUUGAGUUUCAGCACCUUGGACAGCCCUUCCCAUUGCAACCUGUUGACCAGCAAGGAGCUCUGCUCCGUCCCUAGUCACUGCGUCUGGGCAGACAAGAACGGUCAACAUAUCCUUGGCUUGAUUGAAGAUUACAACUGUCUCCGGAAGCAGAUCACGGAAGGGCGGAAGCGACUGGCUAAACUGGAGCUUCAUCUAAAAGACGCGGAAGGUCUGGAUUCUGCACUGACAGUUCCUCUGAACAGUUUGUCUGCCACCUUCAAGGCGGUCCAGCAGAACCUGGAAGAAGCUGGCCGCCUCCUGAACCUCCUCUGGAGGGUCUCCUUGCCAAUGAAAGUGGUCCACGCUGCUGCUUACUCACUUCAGGAUGAAAGUCUGAAGUCCGAGGUCUACAAACUCCGUCGGAAAGUGACCGAACAGGAGAAGAAGCUCUACAGCAUGGCCAAGCGCUUGUAUUCCACCAACCAACUCAAAGAAAACAUGGAGAGGGUCAUCAUAGAUCAGUUGGCGUUAACGCACAAUGUUUUAAAAAAGGCCAGAGGAAACCUUGAAGUUCAGCCAUCAGACAGCAAAGCCACCCCUUCCAGCCUCAUCAAGAAGAGGGUUUAAGCGAAGGCUCCGGGGGGCCGACAAUAAAGACCCAUUUUCCUUU